AUGGAGCUAGACUCUAGCCCUAACGACAACGAUCAUUCAUCAACCUCAGAAGCCGCCCGCCAGAAGCGCACCCGCGUCCUCCUUUCGUGCGCACCAUGCCGCGCCUCCAAGCUCAAGUGCGAUCGCGAGCAGCCGUGCAGUCAAUGCGAAAAGAAAGGUCGCGCUGCGCAGUGUGCGUAUGCACCGCGGCCUGAGAAGAAGCGCCCCGCAAAGGGCAUGUCAGCACGGUUGAAGCGUCUUGAAGGCAUGGUUCGAGAGAUGAUGGAUGCCGAGGGCGGCGCGGGGCCGAAACCUGCGGGGGAAGCCAACGGCGCUCCGGUGGCUGGGCCCGAGGUGCAGGGGCAUGUUGUGAGAGGAGAAAAGGCGACGACGUAUGUGGGAGCGACCCAUUGUAUGGCCAUGUUGGAGGAUAUUGAAGAUCUCAAGAGUUACUUUGAUCAACCAGAAGAUCUAGAGGAUGAUCAGAUCUUGGCUGAUGAGAUUGAUGCAACUGAGGUUGUCCUGAAUACGAGAGCUGGUCCGAAGAAUCGUGAAGAACUGCUGAGUCGUCUCCCAGAACGAAAUGUAGCAGACCGACUCAUCACGCAUAUCGUUCAUCGGCCGACAUUCACGAGAGCUUACGCCAAAUUCUGGCAAGACCCAAAUCAAGCUUCGCUGCACUGGAUCGCCCAGCUCUUCAUGAUGCUCAGCCUCGGCGUCUUCUUCAACAACUUUAUGAACAAGAGCGAGGUGGAAGGCGACUCUCCUCUUCCGCCACUGGACAGGAUCCGUCACUACAAGGCAUGUGCCGGAUGGGCUUUGGUCUGGGGGAAAUACACGCAACCAACUCCAGCAACUCUGCCGGCCUUUCUUCUCUAUGUCGAGUCACACUUCCUGUUUAACCGGGCGGCUCAGAUGAACUGCUACAUCCUCUCGGGGGUGUGUGUUCGUCUUAUGCUCAAGAUGGGUCUCCAUAGGGACCCGAGCAAGCUGGCUAAUAUCACCCCCUUCGAGGGUGAGAUGCGCCGCCGCAUGUGGAAUAUGGCUAUCCAGGUCGAGCUUCUAGUCUCGUUUCACAUGGGUCUUCCAAGUUUGUUACAAGGCAUCGAGACCGACACAACAGUACCUCGGAACCUGCAAGAUGACGAUUUUGACGAAGAUACCGUCGAGUUACCCCUGAGUCGACCACCCACCGACUACACCACAAUGACCUACCCGAUCCACAAGACAAAGAUCCUCCGAGUCUUUGGCCAGAUCGCCCGUCAAGCCCAUGCCCUGUCGCCGCCGAGUUACGCCGAAGUCCUCAAGCUUGAUAACUUGCUGCAGGAGACAUGGCGUAACGUCCCAUCGUUCAUGAUGGUACGCCCGCUCGACGAGUGUGUUGGUGAUCCACCUAUGCUUCUCAUUUAUAGGUUCGGCCUGGCUGCUCUGUUCAACAAGUGUCGUUGUGUUCUGCACCGACGAUAUCUUGCCGAGGCAAUUCCUCGACGCGAGCAUGACUACUCGCGCAGGCAGUGUCUUGAGGGCGCAAUAUCACUACUUGAGUAUCAAAACACCAUCCGAGAGGCUUGUAAGCCGGGUCAUGUCCUCAGCCAGAAUGGAUGGUUCGUAUCGUCCUUGGCGGUGCAUGACUUUCUGUUGGCUGCCAUGUGUCUGUACCUUGUUAUCAAGAACGACACUUAUUCCGAGUUUGGAGGUGAAUAUGACUGGAUGUCACAGUCAAAGACAACGCCGACCAAGGAGGAGCUCCUGGGCAUGAUUAAGCGGUCUCACUUUAUUUGGUCAGAAGUCGCGCAAGACGUGAGAGAGGUCAAGAAGACAGCUGAUACGCUGGCUACUAUGCUGGCUAAACUUGGAGCCCCCGUCCAAGGUCCGGCAAGCGUUCCCGGCCCAGCGCCGCCAACCUUCAGCAUCGGGCAUGAAUCAUCCUCACUCGGCGCACCAUCGGUGGACCCCAGCACUCUGGGGUCGAUUGGGGAUGAUGCGGGCUUGCUGUCAUCACUGGGGCUAGGCUCUUCAACAGGAUCCACGUCGGGGCAGACGCCGUUAUCUCUUGGCCUGACGGCCGAUGCGGGAGCUGGCAUGAACUUCCCAGGCAUGGGGACCGAGGGGCUCGACUUUGACCCCUCAUGGAUGGAGACGGCGGCCAAUAACAUGGACUGGCGUUAUCUCGAUAUCUCACUUGCUCACAGCCAUGAUGCGGGGCGGAACGAGGACACUGGCCAGACGUGGAUGGAACGGCCACCCCCUUUGGAGCAGAUAGACAUGAUGGGACCAGGAUCGUGGAUGCCCGACCCUUCUGCUGGGAGCGGUUGA